AUGGCAUUUAAUUUUGAGCUAUUCACGUCACUCAGAUUUGAUCCCGGUUUAUUGGGUAUUCCCAAGAGACGUCUGGCAAACGCGGGGUGGAACGCCAAAAUGACCUCGCCAUACUACAUGUUGGACUUCCACCGAGAUCGGAUGCUGCGAGCCGCUACGCACUGGAAGUGGACUAACGCCAUCGAAGCCAUUUCAGGCGAUAAAGGCUUGCAAAACCUCGUCGAUGCUAUUGAAGCCUUCUUGAGCCAGUCCGGAAAGGAAAGCCCAUUGAGAGUCAAGGUCCUCCUGACAUCAAAUGGGAAGCUCAGCUGCGAGGCAUCGCAGGUGCCGGCUGUGCCAUUGCAGAACCUCUUUCCGGAGAGACUUCCACCACCCGGAAGCACCAAGGAAGCAGGGGAUCCUUCCGAGGAGCCCCUAAUGGAAGUCGUCAUUGACGAAGCUGCUACUGUACAAUCAGAGUACACCCAUUUCAAAACUACCAAGCGGACUAUGUACGACACAGCUCGAGACCGUGCAAGUAUUGCGCCCACAGAUCGCAAAGAAGUUCUACUAGUCAACUCGAGAGACGGCACUGUUAUGGAAGGCAGCUUGACCACCCCUUGGUUCUGGAGGAAUGGUAGAUGGGUCACGCCGCCGGUGUCUGCCGAAUAUAACCCCGAGACUGGAAGCGGCGGCCAGGACGGGACUACCCGGAGAUGGGCCCUUGAAAGGAAUUUGGCCGUAGAAGAGGAGGUCAAAGCCAGCAGUUUGGUCGAUGGCGAGCCAUGUUGGGUGAGCAAUGGUGUUCGUGGUUUCACCUUUGGCAAGAUUCGCGUCAGCGCCGCAUGA